UCUUUCCCACUUUUCAACUUCACCACACAAUGUGCAAGCAUGAAACGUAGGCCCUUCGCCCACCAUUCAUAACAUUUUUCCUUACGUGUUUUCCAAACCCCCACCCAUUUCUCCUUCUCUCCUUCCCCACUUCUUCGUUAUAAAAUCCUAUGCCACAUCCUCACAAUUCUCUCCUAUAUUCACCAUGAACAGUCCUCGUAAUUACACUCAACAAGACCCCUCUGAUAUGGGUUCCAGGAGCUGUUCACAGGCCGUUCGAAGAAUUAAAGCAAGCAGUAAGCCAACUGGGCUGCAUGGUUCUUUGGAUGUUAGUAAUAAUAUCACUGAGGGUGAAGUAGUUUUGCAGAAUAUUAAGGAGAAGGAUAAUUAUAGUGUUAAUGGCGGACGCGAGAGGCUUAAGAGACAUAGAGAAGAAGUGGCCGGGAGAUUGUUGAUACCGGAUCGAUGGGGGCAAGAAGAAAUGCUUAAAGAUUGGAUUGAUUGUUCGGCUUUUGAAGCUUUGUUGGUUCCCAAUAAGAUCGCUUCUGCUCGUAAAGCUCUGGUUGCCGAUCAUGGACGUGCAGCCAGUGGCGUUUCCACUUCUUCUUCUCCUCAUCAACAACGUCUGAGUAUAGAGAGUAGGUGUUGAAUUAUCAUUAUGAUUAUUGUUUUUUUUUAAGCAAGAGAGAUUAUUCUCUUAGAUCUCGAUCUCUUGUUGGGUUCUGUAUCAUAUUACCAUGAUAAUAAUUUCUGUGAACUCCUUCGCCAGUCAGUUUAGAGAAUAAACAAAAAUUAUUCCUGGUACUAUUAUUAUCAUAUUCUUGUGUACUGGCUUGAAGAUGAGUUUUUUAAUGAAGGGCAAAUUUGCAGCA